AUGAUUAUUAAGAGAAAACCCAAAGUCGGCUCAGGCCAACCAGACGAGGUCCAAGAUGACAAGAAACAAAGCCACACGAGCCUUGACUUGGAGGCCUACUGAACAUGCGGAAUGGCAGCUCAGCCACAUGAUUGAGAAAUGAUGAAUCAGAACAUUCUGAUCAAAGGCUGCAAGUCAUAAAACAGUUUUUUCCCACAGCAAUGUUAGAGAGAUUAACUUUAGUAUAACUUAGGAGGUUUAGAGUCACUCUAGAUGCUCUCCAUCAAGUGCUGCUCUGCAUCUUGUGAGUGUUGAUAAGCUGGUAGUUAUGGCAAAAUUGGGGUUACAUCCUGCAGUCUUCACCAACACGGUUCCAGCAAUCUCAGCAUGAGUAUCUUCGAGACUUGAAGAUCCGUGAAGAGUUGAUCACUCACAAGUAAAUAAGUUUGAACCUUCAGUUUCUGUUCGACAAAAUACGAGUUUACAUCAGAGGAUGCUUUUAGUAGUCGCUCAUACAACCUGCACACUUCUUGGGUAGUGAGUUAAUUCGGAAUCAACCUCAGUCAGAAGAUACGCCUGCAAAGCUUUGGAUAUCUCCAAGUUGACUUAGGCUCCUGAUAUUAUUUAGCUAGACUACAUCUCAUUUGGGUUGGUUACAUUCGGCUGGAGUACCAAGACAAACUUAGCAUUAGUUCGUGUUAGAACCGAACUCUUUAGAUUAGGACCUCAGCCUCAGAACAAUUGCCUUGGCAUCCAUGGAAGUCUAAGGGAGUGUGUCUUCUGGUGUUCAUUCAAAUAGAUUAUUCUGACUGGCAGCUUGCAUGGAAACUUCUGAGUGGUUUCAUAGUUGCCAUUAAGUUUCCUUUUAAUAAUGUUCACCAUUGCAACUGUUUACUAGAUUAAGCCAGAAUAGUUUAAAAUGACUGCUAAUUUUAAUUUGUAGAGGCCACAGGGAUGACCCCACUUAGCAAAUUGCGUCAUGUUGCAAUAAUUCAGCUGUUAGCUUUGUUUUGAAGUUAUAUAAAAUUUGCAUUCAUAACCAAUAAACUUAACUUGAAAUUUCCAAUGAUACUCUGGAUAGUUUGAGAAAUCAGCAGCAGACAGUCGCUAGUAUAGACACUGACUUCUUAGCUGGGCUGCAUGCAUGGCUUAUGUUCAUUAUAUUCCGUAAGAGCAAGCUUACACUCUAAAUUUAAUGUAAUUCAGCAGAAAUAGUAACUUUGGGAGUUAAGCUUCUGAGAACACAGAUAAUCUCAGUUAAGUUCCUUAGACUAGAAACUCCUCAUAUUCAGCAGAGAGCUCGUCCCAGCCUUUAUAACGCCUCAUAAACAUUAUGGGAUCUUAGUUUGAGACUCCUGUUAAAUUUAAAGUUUUUAAUUACAAAGUGAAUUCACCAUAACUGGGAUUCAGGAUCAUCACUUUGAUGCCUUGUGUAAAAUAGGAGAACUCUGCAAAUAUGGAGAACUGCUGAUGUUGACGUAUAAACUGCAAUGUCUAAGUGGCUUCUCCUGAAGACCAGCCUCAACGAAAUAUUAUAUUUUUCAGGCCAAAAAUAUCAAAGAUUUUUCAUAAUUGUAGAAAUUUUAAGAAUUUUAGGCUCCCCAUUCUUAGAUAUAUGGAGCUUGAGGAUUUAUCCAUAAUUUUAGUUUUGCAAUUGACGGCAAGAGCUAGCUCCAUAGGCGCCAGAUAGCUUCAUAAAAUAUUAGUAGGCCCUUUAACUUAGCCAGAUUUUAUAAGCCUCAUUUUGUGUGGAAAUAUUUUCUACCAUGUCUUAACUCUUACAUGCAAGGGGAGUUUCUUUCAACCUACUAAGUCACCAGGCUGCA